UUGGUUGUUCAUAGGUAUGAAAGGUAGUUGUCAGGUAGCGGCCAGCUUAGCCAAGCCUAAUCUGAUCGUCACCCAGGAUGAAGAGAUUAAUUCAGUUAAGGCUGAAAGCACUUUCAAAACGCAUAAGAUCAAGUUCAAGCUGAACGAAGAGUUUGAUGAGAAGACACCAGACGGUCGUAAGGUAAAGUCCAAGUUCUUCCUGAGGGAUGGCAAACUUAUCCAGGAACGGCGCUGGGAUGGAAAGAUUACAACGAUGGAGAGAGAGAUUAAAAAUGGAAAGCUUGAAGUUGGAAAAAUGCAUUCUGGGUAAAGAUGUUGCAACAAGGAUCUAUGAAAAGGAAGCAUAACCUCCCCAUAACCAAACAAAAGCAAUGUGUUUUUUAAGCUCCGAAUAAAACCUGCAUGUGAUGCUACUUUC